AUGGCUUACGCUUUAUCCGAGAAAAGCCAGAUUUCACCGUUUAAUGUUUUGUUGGGCACAAUCUCAAGCCAGCUUACCCGUGAAAGUAUACGCAAGAUUAAAGUACAACUUCGUGGCCAUGUUGACAAAGAACGCCUCUACAAACUUAAGGGUGGAUUCGAGGUCAUCCAUAUUCUUCAAGAACGGGGAUUAGUCACAGAGAAAAAAUUGUCUUUCCUGCGAAAACUUUUGCAAGACUGUGAAUUAUUAACACUCAUCGAAUUAUUGGAUGAAUAUAAACAAGCCGUGCAAGUAAUGAAUGGCAAAUCGAAGGAAGGUAAGCAAGGUGAGAGCAGCGCUGCGAUCAGUCGCAGAACCAAUGCCCUGCAGCGGUUGAUGGGAAGGCAGCUGGAAGAACUGGCUCACUGUUCCUCGCGGGGAAAUGAUUUGAAGAAGACUCUUGAAGAAAAACAAAUGUUGCUUGACUCGCAGAAAGAAAUUUUGAUUGUGGGUCAACAAGCUAUUGAUCAUAUCUCAGAAAAACGAGAAGUGGCAGAACAAGAAAAAAGCGUAAUCGAAGAAAGAGCACAGGAAAACGAAGCCAUGUUUGAGGCUCAGGAAAAAGAUCUUAAUGAAUUACAAAACCUGUUGGGAACCAAGGAUAAACAAUUGAAGAAAUUUGGACAAGCAGAUAGGAGGAAAACAAUUUUUGAGAAACACACCAAUGAGAAAGCAAGUAAGACUUUGGAAACGUUAAACAAGCAAAAAGACGAAAAACAAGAAACAUUGAAGAAAAUGAUCAAAUCCGUGGACGAUACUCGGGCUCAGUUGUUGGAAAAACGCGAGGCCGUCCGACAUCAUAACGAAGACACGUUUCUAAAAACACAAGAACUUGUGAGUGUUGACCAAUAUAUUUUGGAAACUAUGGAGGAUGUUAGAAAACUGAAGCAGGAAAUAAGAAAGAAUGAGUUCGAACUGUCUGUUCUACAGAAUCAAAUCAAUGAAACACAAGAAGAACUUGAACGAACAAGAAGAGAUGGUAUCGCAAACAACGCUUUUAAAGUACCUCUCUGGAGACUGGAAAACACAGAAAAGCAAAAGACAAAGGUAAAUAGUUUGAACUAUUCAGAGGUCCUGGAGGAGAAUUCCUAUUCAGUUGGCUCAUUGGGCAUGCGUACUGUUCCCCUUCAAUUUGACUCUCCAUGCUGUGUAGCGAGCCACAAAGGAUUAAUUUAUGCCGCUGACCGAAAUAAUUGCCGUAUUCUGGUGUUUGACUCUAUGGGGGAGCUCUCACGGGAACCGCUUACAUUUGGAAACAUGGGCCCUGUAGCUAUUGCAAUUAAUAAACGAGGAAACAUAAUAACAACGGAUUCACAGAUAAUAAAGGUUUUCAGUUCGGAUGGGGCAUUGUCGCAUAACUUUCUUCCUGUUUACAGCAAGAGCGACACGAGGCCAGAAAUCUCUGCGCUGACUGUGGAUCGCGAUGGAAACAUACUUGCAGCCGAUCGACCGAAUCACAGAAUACAGAAAUUUCGUAUUGAUGGUCACUUUUUAGGUUUUAUUGGUGGUUCAAUGUACCUUCAAUAUCCCAGUGGGGUAGCCACCACGAAGAACAACGAUGUUGUGAUAUCUGAAUGCGAAAGUCACCAGCUGAAAAUAUUCCAUGAUCACGGAAGGUCUUUUACUUUUGUGGGUUGUAACGGGACUGGCAGAAACCAAUUUAUGAAUCCCAGAGGGCUAGCUGUUGACAAUGUGGGUAAUAUUUUGGUAGCCGACAGCUUGAACCAUCGUAUCCAAGUAAUAGAUCCCCAGGGAAAUUUUAUUGGUAGUUUUGGGAGACUAGGAUCAGGACCCGGUUGUGUUGAUACUCCGUAUGCAAUGGCGGUGAAUCGCCGAGGUCACGUGAUUGUUGCAGAUAGUGGUAAUCACCGUGUGACGGUUUUUACUUGA